GCACUGUAUGAAUGCAUGAAAAUACAGUACAGUGUUCACUUUAGGGCCCCCAUAAAGGCUUGAACCGGCUCUGUGUGUGAAGACGUUUUUGGAGUGACGAGCCUCAACAAAGGAGAAGGAGAGGAGAGGAGGGAUCCAGACCCGUGCGCACUUUGCGCAUCAGAGCCGCGUCUCCUGCGCCGCCCGCUGCUUCCUCCACCGGAGGCGAGCAAUUAUUGGAGCAGCCGCUUUCCUCCAAAUAGGUCUGCGAUUGCCGCGCGCAGGCAGAUGCGUGAUUUGGCUUCAUCCACUGUCUGUCUGUCUGUCUGUGUGUGUGUGUGUGUGAGAAAGAGUGUGUGUGCCGCGCACAGGGGACCAAAUGUCGCGUGGAUGUAGAUAUUUGGAGAGUCACGACGUCCACGCGCCGCAGCGCAGGCAGGCUGGCUCAGCGUCAUCAUCAUCAUGACCUGAAGUGAAUCACGAUGGGAUUUCUUUCGUGACGUGAAAUUUGGGUUUGGAUGAAAUCGGCCGUAUUUGUGUACGCGCUGCGUAUUUAGCGGCAGCUGCUGCAGUUUCCUGCUCCUCCUCCAUCAGCUCCUGCUUUCUGCGCCCUUUUCUUUACUUUUAUGUUGACAUGUAGCACAUUCAGCGCAAUAUAAGUAUAAACGGUAACUGUAUGUGUUUAUUUUAGUUUUUUAGUCUUUAUUAAAUGUUUCCCUCCAUGUGAAGUGGCCGCGUUUUGCGUGGAUGCGCUGAAGGAGUCAAGUGUUUGCGGAUUUCUGUGUGGAGACGCUUUGUGCACCUGUGGACGCUUGCAGAAAACAUCCAAUACAAGAAUAAUCUUUUUUUUAAUGUGGACGUUUUCCUUUCUUGGUUUUUUCCUCCAUCUUUGCGCACCACAGUCGUUUUAUUUUUAGCGGCUUUUACCCCGGAGCGUGUGGCGCGCGCGUGUGUCGGAUGCUCAGCGGGACUGUGAGUCACAGAGGUCUGGUCAGAUGUGGAUGGACUCUGUCGGUGUCUGUGUGUCCUGCAGCUCCUAACUACCGGCAACAAUGGCAUCGCAGGGCUUUUGGUCUCUCGGCGGAGAUAACGCCGGGGCCAACACUGGCAGUCAGAGCCCCAGCACGCCCAGGGCUUGGUGCCAAGCGGCGGCCCAGAAAUUAUCAGGAGGAAUUGGAUCGAAAUUAUAUGCGCUGCUGAAUGUCGGGGAUGUGGAGGUGAAACCCGGCGAGCAAGCGACCACCGACAAGCAGCAGCAGCAGCAGACAAAUGCUGCUGCUGCUGCUGCUGCUGCUGCUGCUGCUGCAGGCGACUGUGGCUGCAACAAAUCCUGCAACUGCACCAAAGCUGCUCUGGUCUUCUCUGACCUCUAUUCAACAGACCUGUUGCCUGCCAUGGACGGGGACACGAAGACGCUGACCUUCCUGCAGGAGGUGGUGGACAUUCUGCUGUCCUACAUCGUGGAGUCUUUCGACCGCAACACGAAGGUGAUCGACUUCCAUUAUCCCAACGAGCUGCUGCAGAAGAACAACUGGGAGCUGCAGGAGCAGCCGGCGAGCCUGGACGACAUCCUCAUCAGCUGCCGCGCCACGCUCAAAUACGCCAUCAAGACAGCUCAUCCCAGGUACUUCAAUCAGUUGUCCACAGGAUUAGACAUGGUGGGACUGGCAGCUGAUUGGCUCACGUCCACGGCCAACACUAACAUGUUCACAUAUGAAGUGGCUCCAGUGUUUGUGUUGCUGGAGUACGUCACUCUUAAGAAGAUGAGGGACAUCAUCGGCUGGAUGGACGGACGAGGGGACGGCAUCUUCUCUCCUGGUGGAGCCAUUUCCAACAUGUACGCCAUGCUGCUGGCUCGCUUCAAGAUGUUCCCUGAAGUGAAGGAGAAAGGAAUGUCCUCCGUCCCCAGACUGGCUGCCUUCACGUCCGAACAUAGCCAUUUUUCAAUCAAGAAAGGAGCAGCAGCUCUUGGUAUUGGGACUGAAAGUGUGAUCUGUAUCAAAGCAGAUGAGAGUGGUAAGAUGAUCCCUGCUGACCUUGAGAGGAGAAUACUGGAGGCCAAACAGAAGGGUUUCGUUCCCUUCUUCGUGAGUGCGACUGCUGGGACGACCGUGUACGGAGCGUUCGAUCCACUCAUCGCCAUCUCUGACAUCUGCAAAAAAUACAACGUCUGGAUGCACGUGGACGGUGCGUGGGGAGGGAGUCUCCUCAUGUCCAGGAGACACCGGUGGAAGCUGGACGGAGUCGAGAGAGCGAACUCAGUCACGUGGAACCCACACAAAAUGAUGUCAGUCCCUCUGCAGUGUUCUGCCCUGCUGGUCAGAGAGGAGGGUUUGAUGCAGAACUGCAACCAGAUGCACGCAUGCUACCUGUUCCAGCAGGACAAACACUACGACCUGUCCUACGACACCGGGGACAAAGCUCUGCAGUGUGGACGCCACGUGGACAUCUUCAAGUUGUGGCUCAUGUGGAGAGCCAAGGGCACCAUUGGGUUCGAGGCUCAGAUUGACAAAUGUCUGGAAUUGUCUGAGUAUCUCUACAACAAGAUCAAGGACAGAGAAGGAUACGAGAUGGUCUUUGACGGAAAACCUCAGCACACUAACGUCUGCUUCUGGUACCUCCCUCCUGGGAUCCGCUACAUGGAGGACAAAGAGGAGCGAAAGAAACAAUUACACAAGGUGGCUCCGGUCAUUAAAGCCCGGAUGAUGGAGUACGGCACGACCAUGGUCAGCUACCAACCGCAGGGAGACAAGGUCAACUUUUUCCGCAUGGUGAUCUCAAACCCCGCCGCAACGUUCGAGGACAUCGACUUUCUAAUCGAGGAGAUCGAGCGACUCGGCCAGGAUCUAUAAGACUCCAAGUUCUCCCCGCUCUUUUCUCCUCCUUUGACGGAUGAAUUGUUUGUCGUGAAUGUACCGGUAAACUUUUUCUUUCUUUUCCUCCAAAAGUCACAUAUUUAAGAGUAUAUUUAAGGAGAAAAUAUUAAUCUACAGAUAUAUCCAUAUAUUAUGUGUUGUAGCUUUGGUCCAGAGCGACGUAAAAAAGUGCUUCUGUCUGCUUCUCCUGUAGUGUCGUAGAUCCCAGAGUUAGUGUCAGUGACGUAAACUUUACACGUGAUAUUAUUAUUAUUAUUAUUAUUUGUGGUAAAAUUCUUGUGUGCAAUAGUUCGACGAGGAAGAGGAGGAGUUUAUUUUUCAAUCAUCGUCUCUCAUUUUUGCCCGGUUUUGUCGUUAAGUGCCAAAUGUGGUUGUGUUCUAUUGUAACUUUGAAUUUUAAACUUGCUUGGUGGGGGAGGGGUGGGGUUAAAAACUUAUAAAAGAAAAUAAGAAAAAGAAAAGCACUUCACUUUACCUCAGCUUUAUCAACUGCCUUUACAUUCUGCACAUACAGUAGUCGUGAUUACGGACAGAUUCUCUCUUCUCUCUUAUUAACACAGUAAAUUGAAUUAAAAUGUUAUAUAUGUGGAUAUUUACAUGGACAGAGUGCAGCUGAGGGAGCUUCAUAAUAAUCAUAAUAAUCUAAACAGUUUAGAGGUGAAUGUAAAGUUAUUAUCCUCAAGAUUUUGACGCAACAGUUCCAAAAGUUCUGCCACCCCCGUGAGGAAUUCUGUGUAAUUACCAAAACACGUCCCAGUGCCUCAAGUUGACAACAAACGUAGUUUAACUAGCGCGCUCCACUCCCUUUCGUCCGCUAUAGGUGCCAAAUUCUGGGAUUUUUGUGCAAUAGAAUCUGCUUCUGAAAAUUUUCUCUGGUGCUUCUUGGUAUUUUCAGAAAACCUGUCACAGCUUGUUUUUGUGCUUCUGCUGUGCUUCCGUCAGUCUUGACAUAAACACAAGUUGCCGUCAGAGUUUGUGCGACUCCUCUUCUCAGCCCACUUCUUUGGCAUUUUCAGAUCAGACAUUGGGGCGGAGUUAACUGCAGCAGAUGAAGGGGGUCAGUUACACUUUAAUCAUUACUGGAACCUCUUGGAGUUGAUUUUGCGAUAGAUCACUGUCCAUCAGUGGAUGGACACUAUGCCGUUCUGACAAUGGCUGCUAAGGGGGCCCCAGGCAGUGUUGCACCACCCCUGCAAAAGACAUUCAAUUGUUGUAAAUCCAACAAAUGUUCUCAGUCACGAUGCUAAGGCCAGAGAAGGUCAGUACGUCCAGUAAUUCAUCAGAUAAAAAACAGCCUUUUGCCCGUGGCCAAGUGGAAAGGGAACUUGGCUUGUAACAAAUGGGAGGGCUGCCAGUUUGAGUGCCCACCAGGUAAAAAAAAAGGUACCCCUGAGCAAGGUACCAACCCCCAUUGCUCCUUGGGCGCUGCUCAGUGGCCUAAUUAUAGGAAGGUUUCUAGUAGAGGAUGAGUUAAAUGUAGAGUAAGUUCUAAUUUAGUUUGUUUUAUCAUUACUGGAAACUCUUGGGAGUUGAUUUUGCGAUUGAUCACUCCAACAGUAGUGCCAGUAGUUACUUUUUGUGGCCAUGGUAUUGUGAGGGAACAAAUCCAUACAGUUUUGUGAAAUCUUAAGGAUUCUAACUUUAACUUUGCAAACCUCUCGUCAGUAUUUCACGCUUUCAGACUUUUCUUUAACGGCACUAGGGUUUUUUUGGGGGCACUGAGCACUUACUGAUUUGCAUUAUCUACUCUAUAACCUGACACCACUUGCACUAAAUCACCAGACUGGGACGGGUACGGGGAGACGGGACAACAAUAUUAUCCCCUUUAUCACAACACUGCAACUGAGAUUUUACUCUUAAUUCAUUCACAAGCAAUAUAUUAAACAGAGUGGGUCCAAUCUACAAGAAAAAACAAACCUGCAGAACGUCAAGAGAAAGCGUGAAUUCAAGUGAACGAUAAUCAAGUUUCCAGACCAAAUGAACAACGGUAUAGUUUAGUCGCUGCCAGUGUGUGAGAACCCCGUUUUUUUUUCUGAGGUUCUGUAGCAUCUUUAUCGUAUGAAACGAGUUAGAAAAGCACAAAUUUUAAAUUUUGCUCCACAUGGUCGCUCAGUGUACAAUCACUUUUGUGAGAUCAUAGACUGUAAAUAGUAUAUUUCAAGAUGUCCCCGAGUACAUAUCUUUGUGUAUACAUACGUGUAUAUAAGACAUGAUAUAACCAGAGACUAUUUGUGUGAGGUAAAGUUCUUCAUAUUUUCUCUAUCUCCGAAAAUAUAUAUAUAUAUAUAUAUAUAGAUUACUUGUAUUUUCAUCCUGUUAGUCCAAAUGGCUUUUUGUCUACGUGUGUGUGUGUGUGUGUGUGUCGCAUGCCUGUGUUUCAGGGAACGGCUUUAAAGAAAGUCAAAGAGAAAGACUUUGGUGUUUGGAUAUUACGUGAAUAUGCAAAAGCCAUUUUGACUCUGACGCCCUGUGUGUGUGUGUGUGUGUGUGUGUGUGUGUGCAGAAGUGAUACUUGACAGUGCGUGCCAACGUGUACCUUAGUGUGUUUGUAACUGUGUUGCCUUAGUAUAUCAAUUUUGCCAGUAUUUGUCUAGUAUUUCCUCCUCUACGACGAGGGUGAGGUUGUGCACUUUAGAGUAAACAUUAUGAACGUGCAUCAAUGUCCAACUGUUGUUCAUAAGUUGAUAUUUAAAAAAAAAAGAAAGAAAGAAAAGUAAUUAUACUCUCAAACAAAAUGUAACUUAAGCUCUUUGGUCUGAAGUUGCCAUGAAUCAGGGGUUUGUUGGAAGAUAGAAGCGUUUAUUUUCAUGUAUCCUCUUGCUCUUUGUUGUUAUAAAACCUGUAGAGCUCCAGGCGUCACAUGACCCAGUUUGUUUACACCGCCAUGUUGCCAGGAAAACCUUAAGAGGUCACCACACGUUUUUAAAUUCACUCUUUGAUUGCUGACCUGAGAUUACGUAUUGGGGAUCCGCAGUGAAUGAAGGAGCUUGAAUGAAGUAGUCACAAUGACUUGUGUUCUAAAAUGAACUGGUCACCAGGUCUGCAGACGGUCAAGCUCCUUCUUAUUAAGACAAGUAAAAUAAAAAGACUUCUGCAAUAGUUGAAAAGCAUGUAGGAUCAUUAAUAUUUAACAUUUAAGCAUUUAGCAGACGCUUUUAUCCAAAGUCUUGGAAAGAACUCUGCUAGAUAGGAACCGAGUGCCGAGAUGGAUCCAGGUGCAGGGGAGGGCGUGAGGUCAGUGGUAGGACAGAAGAUGUUCUUGGAAGAGCUGGGUCUUCAAGAGCUUCUUGAAAAUAGACAGGGACGCACGCCGCUGUUCUGGUAGCGCUCGGUAGGUCAUUCCACCUGCGUGGAACGACACAUGAGAAGUCUGGAUCAGUGAAGUCAGUGAAGUUACCUCAUCCGACAAGAAGCUGUUACCACAGCCUUCUCCUCUUUCUGUAUUAGUAACUCGUGGUAAAAACAACCGCUCUCGUCCAUCUUCUCCAAACAGACGAUGUUUCCCCGCCAGAUUUUCCUGCCAACAUGGCGUUGUUUGGAUUCCGCUGGUAUGUGUGUGUAUGUGUGCCCUUGUUGAGCUCUGUUGCUUUGCUUUUCCCUGACUAAAAACACUCACGCACACUGUGACACGGGCGACGUCAGGUUGUCGUUGUUGUCAUGACGACAAAGGAACCUCACUGUGGUAGUUUCUCGGGGGCGGGCCCGACGUGUCGCACCUCUCGCUGCUCCACUCGCUUCCUUUUGCACGUGCAUGCCGCGCCUUGCUUAUUCCGGCUCGUUUGAUAUUCCGCGUGUCCUCUAUAUAUCUACCUAUAAAUAUAUACAUAUAUAUGUAUACAGUAUGUGUAGCCACCUGUAAUUAGCUUGUAAUUAGCGUCCGGUGUGUGUAGCUUCUAUAGCCUGUAGAUUAGUGCACUGUCGCUCUGGCCUUUACGUCGAUCUCUUGUGUCUCGGGCUUUCUAUAAACUUGUGUGUCUCCGUGCCGCCAGCAUGCUAUAACCUCGCCUCGCUCUGUAUACCUCGCCGCGCUUGACUAUCUGACUCUCUCUGUCCUCUCUGUCUUCUUCCUCUUCUGCUUGACGACUGUCGCCGCUCACAACGUAGAGUGUUCUAUAUCUAUAUAUAAAUGUGUGUGUGUGUGUGUGUAGUUCCCUCAGCAUGUCUCUCUGAAAGCUCGUCUCCGCUUCUGCAACUCGUACGAACUCUUCUAUCUCUUUCUCUCUCUUUUACGCUUCGCCACCAGGCAGCAGCGACGAUGCGCACGCGCGCUGUCCCUCUCCGAGCGUUUCUCGGCUUCCGCACUACCGUGUGUGUCGUUCCGUUUGUGUGUCUGAGGCGCACGUGUCAUGGUGUCGUGUGACGUCAGGAAAUACGUAGGAUUUUUUUUUUUAAUCCUUCCGCGAAGAAUUGUACGCUGUUUUCUUGCUUCCAGGAAACGAAUUAAACCCCCGACGGCUCCAGAGUGAAGUCCAUCCUCUAAUAAUAAAUAUGGUGCCGUUUUAAAAUCAUAAUUAUAUUCCGCCGACUGCUGUGCUCGCUUCUUUAGAAAACAUUCGUUUGUCCUGAUCUCUGUGUUGCUCUUGGGAAAUUAGAAAUUAAAUAUUGUCUAAACAAA